AACUGUUUCAGGUCAGAGGCUUUUGCCCGAAAAAGAAGCAAAACGUAGCUACAUGCUGCUGGCUUCUCAGUUGGCUAGUAUAAAUACAUAGUUACAUGUUUUGAGUUGCUAACUACAGUUUCAGCAAAGUUGGUUUAGUAUGGUUUAGAAACUGGUUUCAGUAAAGAGCAAGAUGUCUUCCUGGUCACACUGUCAAUCAUUAGUUACAAUGUAUCACGUUGCCAGUUGAAGGUUACCUGACGAACGCUUAACUCCAUUCUCUUAUAUUGAGGCUGAGUUGAGUAUUGAUAACUGAUCGCGCGAUUUGCUAGCAACAACAUUGAGUCACCAUCAGUCGAUACUUGUAAAAAUAUAAAUUAUGAAAAGGCUUAGGGAGCGGUCGAAAUGUACACAAUUGUUACCCGGAGAAAAAUGGGGGAGGGCCGUGCUUUUUUAAUUUCAGUCAGGGGCAGGGUCUAGGGUGACCACAUGUCCGGCGUUGUGCGGGGACAGUCCUGAAUUUUGGCCCGCAACCAAACAAUUAUGUCUCUCAUUUUAUCAACAAACUCCACUCAUUUUUAUUUAUUUGUCCUGUAUUUUGGUCAGACAUUAUAACCGGUCUCUUGCAGUUACUUUGCGCUUAUGAAAACAUAUAUCAUAAGGAUUUGGUAGAUAAGCCUACUGGUGAUGUUGAACACUUCUCCAAUCAUUGUUGAGAUCUGAUAUUCUGUGUGGAUAGGCUAUCCCAAUCAUGAGCCCUGGCCUGCCCUGUUCUUGCUGGUGUAGACCCUUUUGUGCGGCCUAACCUAUGGCUGGGCUGUGUACAGUGGCACUUCAGGAGGCGAGUCAAAGGCUUCUUCUGAAAAUAAUGUUUUAUUUGUCCCAAAAAUGCAAUAUCUGUGUGCGCGGACAAGGCCUACUGAUGUUCCGUUUGAGAGGGAGAGCGCAAAUAUAAGGAGGACUGGAGCAGAACGGUUUGAGGGAUGGCGGCUCCCACAAAGAUAGCGGCAUUUCGCCUGCCUCCCCUGCCCACCAUUGGGGAGGUAAUCAAACUGUACAACCUGCGAGCAGAGAAACAGCUGUCCCAGAACUUUCUACUGGACAUGAGGCUCACAGAUAAGAUUGUGCGCCAGGCAGGCAGUCUGAGGGAUACCCAUGUGUGUGAGGUGGGUCCUGGACCUGGAGGGCUGACCCGCUCCAUCCUCAACGCUGGGGCUGUAGACCUGCUGGUGGUGGAGAAGGACAAUCACUUUAUACCUGGACUAAAGCUCUUGUCUGAAGCAGCUCCAGGGAAGCUCAGGGUUGUCCAUGGUGACAUACUCUCAUACAGAAUGGACAGAGGAUUCCCAGAAGUCAUAACCAAGGCAUGGGAGGAUGAUCCACCAGACCUGCAUAUCAUAGGGAACCUUCCCUUCAGUGUGUCCACACCUCUCAUCAUCAAGUGGCUGGAGAACAUAUCCAACAGAACUGGACCCUUUGUUUACGGCCGGACCAGACUCACCCUUACCUUCCAGAAAGAGGUGGCAGACAGGUUGACAGCCAGCACAACCAGCAGACAGAGGAGUCGUCUGUCCAUCAUGGCCCAGUACCUCUGUACUGUAAAGAGCUGCUUCACCAUCCCUGGACGGGCCUUCAUCCCCAAACCUGAGGUGGACGUGGGGGUGGUACACUUCACACCUCUGACUCAGCCCCAGAUCCAGCAGCCCUUUAAGCUGGUGGAGAAAGUAGUCAGGAACGUCUUCCAAUUCCGGAGGAAGCACUGCCGCAAAGGACUUGAAAUGCUGUUCCCGGAGGCGCAACGGCUGGAGCUGGCGGAGGUGAUGAUGCGUGAGGCGGACGUGGACCCCACCCUGCGCCCCACGGAGCUCUCCAUCCUUGACAUCAGAGCCCUGGCGGACGCCUACAGCCACCUCUGCUCUGAGAACCAGGGUCUCCUCACCUACGACUUCAGAGAGGAACUCCGACUCAAACACCUUAACCGGCGACCGGGCAGCAGCACUAAUGGUACUCAGCAGCCCGUCUGACAGAGAGAGACACUUAAAGGGCGGAGUGGAAGGAACGCCUAAUGGUCUCUGUUAGUGACGAGAGAGACAACGGACUGCUCUUAGCUCUGACAUUUCCACAUGGCACACGCAUGCAUUUUUAAACACCAUUUCACUGGUGUCCCAGAGGCACUGGGUGAGACAAUGAAUCCUAGAUGGAAUAGAAUAGAGAGGGACUGUGGUGGAAACAACAGGGGGGAGAACUGAACACUGCCUUUGGCUGGAGAGGGAGAGACUAUGGGCCUCGGUCCAAACUGGAACAGCUAGUGUAGCUAACACACAUACUUAACUAGAGCUCAGGCACUCCAGUCCAGUUGUAAAGGAAGAAUAGAGUGUGUGAAGUGACCAGAAGGAGAUUUUAUUGCGAGAUGUAAUAAUAAUUUGGUGGGUGCUUAUAUUUGUCAUAUUUCACACAUGUACAAGGAAUUUCUUUAUUUUUUUAU